AUGGGUCAAAAACAAGGUAAAGCAAGAGAUGCAAAUGGUGAUACUGAAAAUUUGUCACAGGAUAACAUCCAGCGGUCUUCAAAACGGGACUCUAAGCGUUCAAGUGCAUCAACAAGUAGGGAAACUACUCCUGCUAAUGAGCAGCCUGCAAAGUCAUUCCCAUCUGCAGAAUCCAAGAGUGAAGUGACCAAAGAAAAUGUGUUUGCAAAGGAGAAUGCUGAAGUUGUCAAAAAAUCUGAACAGUCAGAACCAAUUGAUGGUGACAAGAUUUCACCUACAAAGGCAACACCAACUUCUAAGUCAAAUAAACAAUCUAAGGAGGCAAACUUUGAUCCAUCAGUUCCUUUAUCUCCUUUAAUUGUUAAUGACCUUGAAAAUAACCAUAUACCCCUGCCACAGGCAACUUCCACUCCAGCUACUGCCAAUGGGGUUGUUGAUGGAAACACACCACCACUCAGUCCCAACUCUACAACUGAUCCUAGUGAUGAUGAGGCUUUUGCCUCAGACAGACAGUCCAGUUACCGCGGUCGUAGCCCCACAGGAUCCUUCUCCUCACAAUCCACAUCCAGUAGCUUGCGCAGGUUGCCUUCGGACUCCAACUCUCUGGAACGUUCAUUCAACGUUAAUUAUGGCAAGUUCUACAAUACCAGUUACUUGAAGGAUGGUUACAACAGCUACAUGAAAAGAGCCAGCAUCAACCCAAAGGAACCCCCCAAAAAAUCCCCUCAAUAUUAUAGACCAGAUAAUUUCUCUUAUUCAAAGGAACCACCAGCUUUCCUGCGAUCAAAACAAGGUGGAAUGAUGCAGUUAGGUAAUUAUGCGACUUCAACAAGUAAGACUGUGAAAGUCAGGCGGAGUGCAUCUCCUGUUGAUUUGAAAAAUGAUGAAGCUGUGAGGAUGAGUAUGUUUCCUUCAGGCAAACCUCCUUUGCCUAAUGAGUUAGUGAAAAUUGAACGAGAAGAUUGGCCGGGACCACCAUCACUAGCAGCAAUUCUGCCAGAGAUUAUGCGACAGAGACGAAAAAGCAAAGGAGAAGAUAUGGAUGAUGAGGAUGAAAGUCCCCGAGAAGACCUGCAGAUUAAGAAAGAAAUGGAAGAAAUGUCAAAAUUGAAAGAUUGUUCCGGCUUAGGCAGUGUGAUUUAUAAAGAGUUAUCCGAGCGCAAAUCUUUACCCCCUCCCGCCCUUGAUCCAUGGAAGGCUUCGAGAGCUCCAUCAGCAAAAUACGAACCCAAGUUUAGUACGAGAUAUCAGUCUCCAAUGUUUGCAUCUCCCUCUCGUUUCUUAGAUCGACCGCGAAGAGCCUGGGAUGAUGGUGAUAUCAGAGCAUGUAGGUCUUUAACUAGGAUACCUAAUUAUCCAGUUCCUAAACCUGGAUAUGGUUCAUAUGGAAUAUCACCAAGAGCUGCUACAUUACCAUUGUCAGGAAUGUAUGGAGGACCACUAGAUUUUAGGUAUUUUGAUAUGGAUGAAUCUUCAACGUCUCCAUCCUCAUCAGAUGCCAAACACACAGAUCACACUGAGCAGUCAAUUGAUAGAAAAAUCAGUGAUUCAACAACUAGUACGGAAAGAAAAUCAAAGCGAUCAUCUUAUUCUCGAGCGGGUGAACCUGGUGUCUAUGAUGGUCCCUCUGUGUCUCUAAUGACUUUCCAGCGCAACACUUGGCACACCGAGGCUGAACCACCUGUUUAUCCUUAUGAACGUCUGAAAAUAACCAACUUUGACUUACCAAAAGAUGUGGACAGAAACUGUCUGGAGAUUCAUCUCUCCAAAGUAGACUUUAACGAUCUGUUUAAGAUGGAGCAAGAAGACUUCCACCGACUUGCAGAGUGGAAACGUAACGAUUUGAAGCGAAGGCUCGACUUAUAUUAA